CCUUUCUUGCGCGUACAUGUAACAGCCACAACGCCACAGAGAAACGUAAGAGUCUUCCCUUCCCCCAAAUCCCUAUCGAGUCUAUCUUCCUUCCGUCGAUCGUCCCGAAGACCCUUCGAUCUAUCCUCGUUGCGUUAGGAAAACGGGAUCCAUGGCGAAGAGUUCCUUCAAGUUGGAACAUCCUCUCGAAAGGAGGCAAGCAGAGGCUGCUCGUAUCAGGGAGAAGUAUCCUGACAGGAUUCCUGUGAUUGUGGAGAAGGCUGAAAGAAGUGACAUUCCAGACAUUGACAAGAAGAAGUACCUGGUUCCCGCUGAUCUCACAGUAGGACAAUUUGUUUAUGUGGUGCGGAAGAGGAUUAAGCUCAGUGCUGAGAAGGCCAUUUUCAUCUUUGUGAAGAAUACUCUUCCAUCAACAGCUGCCAUGAUGUCCGCAAUCUACGAGGAAAGUAAGGAUGAGGAUGGUUUCCUGUACAUGACUUACAGCGGGGAGAACACAUUUGGAUCCAUGUAGGCAAAGCAGAACAUCUUCUGUAAAUAAGAACUGAUAUUUAUGUAUAUUCUUCUCACUCCCCCUGUGAGCUUCUCAGUACUGUUCCAUUUUCAUAUGCACGAGUCUAAUUCGGUAUACUUUGAAGUUGGGUUUCUUAUGUACAUUCGUCUCUUUUAACUAUUGUUUCUUGAUUGCCUGCUGUGCUA